AUGAAGACGGAGGAAACUUUUGCGGAAGCAGGCCCUCCGGCCUCGAACAAUCGUUCUCAAGCGAUUGCUGAACUAGCAGAGCAACAACAAAGCUGGCUGGAAAAGAAGCUCAAGCCCAAGAAAAUUACAUCUCGAUACCCGUUCAAGGGCAAGCCUUUGCUUUGGGCGACAUGUGGAUUUGGCAGCUUGGGAGAUGCCCUCUUCGGGUACAAUUCUGGCAUCAUGUCCGGCUUGCUGGUGAACUCGGUCUUCGUCUCCCGUUUUUUCAAAGACUAUGGUGGUGCGGAUGGUAGCACCGAUGCCGUCGACCCUUCAAUCACAGGUAUAUCAGUUGCCUGUCUUCAAGCAUCUGCAGCAGUGGGAGCACUCGUAGCAGGUCGACUGGGUGAUAUCAUCGGUCGCAAAAAGUGUGUUCGUAUUGGCGCUUUCAUCUACUUUUUCAGCGCCUUCAUUCAAAUGUUCGCGCCGGGAUUCGGCACUUUCGUUGCAGGUCGCACAAUUCAAGGACUGGGAGUGGGAUUCCUAUCAAUGACGGUCCCCAUUAUUCAGACGGAGAUUGCUGCGCCUCAUCGUCGAGGAUUGAUGGUUGGUAUAGAGUACACAUUUCAAAUCGGUGGUUACAUGCUGUCUUGCUGGGUCGACUAUGGCUUCUUCUUUACGUUACCAAGCAAUAUGUCCUGGCAAGGCCCGUUUAUCAUUCAGAUUGUCCUCUCGUUCAUCCUUUUAGCCAUGUCUUUCUUCCUUCCGGAAACUCCUCGAUGGCUCGCUAUGAAUGGCUUCAGCAAGGAAAGUCUUCAAACAGUUGCAGACCUGCACUCGAAUGGUGACACCGACGCCGAACAUGUUCAGAAAGUUUUUUUCGAAAUUCAAGAAGCAGUCAUUUACGAAGCCAACUUGGGCAAAUCAAGCUGGAAGGAAAUGUUCACAAGAUAUCGGAAACGAACGAUUGUCGGAAUCACGGCCCAGAUGUAUGCGCAGAUCAACGGAAUCAACAUCAUCUCCUUCUACCUUCCGAGCACUCUGUCUUCUGCCGGAUACAAUGAAAAGAAGUCCCUUUUGCUCACGGCUGCAAACUCUCUGCCAUAUACUGCCGCAACCGUCGUCACUUGGUGGCUAGCAGACCGAUGGGGCCGAAAGCCACUACUUCUCGUCGGUGGUUUCGGCAUGGCUGUCCUCCUCGCGAUUGUCUGCGUAUUUACCGAGGCUUCGCUGAGCAUCCAGACGAAAGCAAACGGCCAGUACGCAUUCGUCAUGCUCUACAACAUACUGUAUGGAUUCACCUGGGGGCCAAUGCCUUGGCUCCUACCUGCAGAGAUCUUCCCACUUCGUGGCCGGAGCAAAGGUAUGGCAUUGGCCACAACAAGCAACUGGGUCUUCAAUUUCAUCAUCGGUAUGGUGUCGCCGGAUGCCUUUGCCGGAAUUCAUGGCUACUUUUAUCUCAUAAUUGCCUUUUUCUGUCUUUCCUCCGCUGCGGUGACCUAUUUCUAUUACGUGGAAACAGCCAAUCACUCUCUUGAGGAGAUUGCUGUGGCUUUUGGUGAAAAGGCAUUUGCAAGCCCCGAUGUCGAGGUGAUGGAAGUCGCGAAUAAUGAUGCGACGAGUGAAAAGGGUCAAUCUACAGUAUGA